AUGAUUAGGUCUUGGAAGCUGAUUGACUUCUGUCAACAUUUUGGAAUCGAUGUCCCAUCCCUCCCUUCGACUGAGGAAACAUUAACGGCUGAAGUUUCUUUUCCUCAACUUGCAAUGCGGCAUAAUAUAUCACCAGAAGCUGCUGCUAAUAGACUAAAGAUGCAAAACGAGAUGGAGAUCAUUUUACACGAAGAAGGUGUGGAAGACGAUAAAGUUGUGCUUGAUUUGCUGCGUGCGAUACCAGGGACGGUAACUGAUUCUGUUGAAAUACGCGAGAAUGUUUUGCGACUUCUUACUAACCGUCAGAGUUUCUUGGGUACUGAAAUGUCUAAUGACAAGGAUAAGGAUGUUGAAAAUAAAUUACGAGUGGGAACUGAUAUGGUGGAGAAAUUAAAUGUGCUUCCUUUGGAGGAAAAGGAGUGUAGUAGUGAAUGGUUGAAAAAACAGAUAUCCACUGAGGCGGCUCUUUUCUCUGUUGCUGUUGAUUUGGCUCGGAAAGAGGAGGAGAUCAGCGAACGGGAGAAGGCUUUGGAUGUCAAGGCAUGUGCACUGAGGGAUAAUGAGAUGGAGCUAGAGAAGAAGUUUUCAGCACGUGAGAAAAAUAUCAAAGUAACAGAAGAGGAGUUGGAGAGACGACGAACAUCGAUGAUGAUUGAACAAGCAAAAAUGGAAGAGAAAAUAUCAUUUUUAGAGAAAAUGGAGGUGGAGUUGAAAACUCGAUUAAAUGAAGUGAGAGAAGCUGAGGGGGCCGUUGCUGCGGAAAGAGUGGGUCUGCGGGCAGACAUGGCGAAACUGAAGGUGGAGCGGGAUGUGCUUGAGCAGGAUCGUAGGAAGUGUAAUGAAGUGGCCAAUGGAUUUCUGCAGCGAGAGAAAAGACUGCGAGAAGCUGAGAAGAAACUUUCACGCGUAAAAGAUGACCUUAUCGCUUGUGAAACCCUCUUACUUUCACAAAAAUCGGAAGUGGUAAGAAAUUGA